AUGUCUGAUUCAGAAGAAGAUCUCGGUAUACAGCUGAAAGGCUUGAAGAUAGCAAGGCAUUUAAAGGAUUCAGGGGAGCAUACUACUGAGGAUUCGGAAUCAAGCCCUGGAUAUGAUUGCGGGUCGAGUAAUCAAGAUGAUUUAACUGUUAUGCAUUCACAUGUUGAAGAGGAGUUUUCUAAACAGAGGGGAGAAGAAGAAAAACAAAUCGAGGAUGCAUCGCGUGAGGAAGAAGUAGAAAAGGAGGGUACAAGUUUUCCCUCAUCGCAAUCAGAGGGCAAUGCUGAUGAAGCAGAUAGCGGUAUUAAUCGGACUGAAAAGCCUGGUUUGCAGAACCCUUUUAAAACUAUGCACGAUUCGAAUUCUUUUUCAGGUACAAAGUCGAGCAGUGGUUCUGACUCCGACUCUGAUUCAGAUGAUGGAGGCUGGCAAGAGAUGCCCGCCAUAUCAUCGUUCAAUAUAUAUAACCAUAGAGGCGAAUUAGAAUUGACUUCUAAGGUCAGAAACCUGGAGCCACCGUCUGAGACGUCUCCCACAGCUCCUUCCGGAAAGAACCGCAAAAGUGUGAAUGAUUCUAGAUUUGAUUAUACAAAAAUGGCUGCCGAGCAGCAAGCCCAACGAUCUUAUCGAACAAAUAAAAAGACGGAUUUCCUUUUUGACCAUAAAGUUUUGAAAAAGAAAAUCAAUAAUUCGCAAACCUCCAUAAAUUUGACCUCUUCCCCCUCGACUACAUCCUUAAACAACGAAAACAAUAAUGAUGAAGAGGAGGAUUCUUACGACGAAUAUGAGGAUGACGUGGAACCGGUUAACGAUUUGAAUCGGGACUCACAGUUAAAUAUAACGAAAAAUCUAUUAUCUGAUAUGGAGAAGUUUGCGUACGUAGGUGCAAUAAACAUUUUGGCAAACCAAAUGUGUACAAAUUUGGCUACGCUGUGUCUUUGUAUAGACAUCAAAUCUCACAAAAAAUUGGCACAUCGAUUACAGUUUACGCAAAAGGACAUGGCUGCUUGGAAAACUGUGGUAUUAUCAAGGCUGUAUGAUCAUUUAGGGAUAUCCCAAGAAGAAAUCGUUAUGAUUGAGAAACUUUCUCUGCACAAGAUCCAACUGGAAGAUUUGUGUAAGUGUUUGAAAACCACUCAGAGCAUUGAUAAUCCAUGGGAGAAUGAUACGAGCAAUGAAAAAGGUGAUAUAGAGGAAACGACAAAAGGAAAGAGGCCAAAUGAACAAAAUGACGCGGAGCAGCCUAUUGCACCGGACCCAGAACAACAAUCCGGAACGGCUGGGACACCAAAGGCUAAAGAAUCUUCAUUGUCUUCAGAGGUUUCAGCAAAGGUUCUCGAUCCGGAAAAUGUCAAAAGUCAAGAUAAAUUAAAUGUAGACGUAGCAUGGACCAUUAUAUGUGAUCUUUUCCUGAUAUGCUUGCAAUCUUCCACCUAUGAUUCAAGGUCAAGGACUUUGUUGAUCAAUUUUGCCAAAGUUUUGAACAUGACGAAUCUGGAGAUUUGUGAAUUUGAAAGACGAGUAACAGAUUCUUUGGAUAUGGAACAAUCUACAGAGGACCAAGUAUGGGAUGAACAAGACCACAUGAAAAAUAGACGGAGAAGCAAGAGAAGAAAGAAAAUGGCAUAUGUAGCACUGGCUAUGGUAGGUGGUUCUCUGGUCCUUGGAUUAAGUGGUGGUUUACUAGCACCCGUCAUUGGCGGGGGGAUUGCUGCUGGCUUGUCAACAAUAGGUAUUACUGGUGCUACAAGUUUUUUAACCGGGGUGGGUGGUACUACUGUGGUUGCGGUUUCAAGUACUGCUAUUGGUGCUAACAUCGGUGCUAGAGGUAUGUCGAAAAGGAUGGGAAGCGUGAGAACUUUUGAGUUCCGACCACUGCAUAAUAAUAGGAGGGUUAAUCUAAUCCUGACAGUGUCAGGUUGGAUGGUUGGUAACGAAGAUGAUAUUAGAUUGCCAUUUUCUACAGUGGAUCCUGUUGAAGGUGAUCUAUACUCGUUGUAUUGGGAACCGGAAAUGCUAAAGUCCAUUGGUCAAACGGUCAGUAUUGUGGCUACCGAAAUUUUUACUACCUCACUCCAGCAAAUUUUGGGUGCCACUGUCUUAACCGCAUUGAUCAGUUCUAUUCAAUGGCCAAUGGCCUUAUCGAAGUUGGGUUAUAUUUUAGAUAAUCCGUGGAAUGUUUCCUUGGACAGAGCUUGGUCGGCAGGAAAAAUACUUGCUGAUACCCUCAUUGCAAGAAAUUUAGGUGCUCGCCCAAUUACAUUGGUUGGCUUUUCGAUAGGUGCGAGAGUUAUUUUUUCUUGUUUAAUUGAACUGUGCAAGAAAAAGGCUUUAGGUUUGAUUGAAAACGUUUACCUUUUUGGUACGCCAGCUGUCAUGAAAAAGGAACAACUAGUCAUGGCAAGAUCCGUAGUUAGUGGGAGGUUUGUAAAUGGUUACUCGGAUAAGGAUUGGUUUUUGGCAUAUUUAUUUAGAGCUGCUGCUGGUGGAUUUAGUGCUGUUAUGGGUAUAUCUACGAUAGAAGAAGUUGAAGGUAUCGAAAAUAUUAAUUGCACUGAAUUUGUUGAUGGUCAUCUAAAUUAUCGUAAAAGCAUGCCUAAAUUAUUGAAAAGAAUUGGUAUAGCUGUUUUGAGUGAGGAGUUUGUUGAGAUAGAAGAGAUGAUGAACCCAGAAGAAGUGAAAAGGAAAAGGAAAUUAAUAAAUGAUGUCGAUGCAGCGCAAAAAAAACUGAAUGAAAGAAAAAAGCAUAACAGUUGGGUGCCGAAGUGGUUGAAACCGAAGAAAUCCAAAUGGAAGGUCAUGGUCGAAGAAGCUGUUGAAGAAGGAAGAGAUAUGCAAGACUCACCAGAGAAUGGCGUCAAUAACAAUGAAAACGAAAAUCCAAAUGAACAUGAGGGAACAGCGAAGCCAAAACAUAGAGAUGCUGCCCUUGUAGAUCACGGGGCAUUAAUGCAUGAACUACAACUCAUUAAACAAGCGAUGCACGAAGACGAAUUAAGGAAUAAAGCGUGCCUUGCUGAAGAAGAGAAGGAAGUGGAAAAAUCGAACGACUCCUUAGAGGGUCCAUCUUUCAAACCUCCUUCAACACCUAAAAUGAAACCACCACAAAGCCCUAAUAAUUUCCAAUUAUUAAGCGCUGGGAGAACUAUUCUCCCGGAGGAUGAUGACAUGGAUUCUCGAGGGAGAAGGAAAAUGGAAUUCUCCUUCCCAGAUGAUAUCUAA